UAUAACACAGAAUGUAAUGUGUUGCUGUGACUUUGACAUGAAAUUCACCUUUGUGUAUGCUGGGUGGGAAGGGACCGCGAAUGACUCACGUGUGUUUCUGAAUGCGCUUGGUAACGUGAAGAACAAAUUCCCUUGGGCACCGGAAGGUCAUUACUAUUUGAUGGACUCGGGCUACCCGCAAGCCAAAGGUUUUAUGAGACCAUUUCGUGGAGAACGAUAUCACUUGGAAGAGUUUCGAGCAACAGGCACCCCUAGAGGUUAUAAGGAGCUAUUCAAUCACAGGCACUCAUCUCUGCGGAAUGUUAUAGAGCGAUGUUUCGGUGUAUUGAAAGCUCGUUUUAAAAUAUUGAUAGUUAUGGCAUCAUAUAAAACAAGUAAGCAACCGACAAUUGUUACAGCUUGUUGUGCCGUGCAUAACUUCAUUCGAAUGGCUGCGGAUGAUGAUCAUUUAUUUACCCAUUGGGAGAAUGAAGAUGUGCGUACGGAUGAUUAUGAAAGUGUUGGUGGGUCCAGUUCGAGGCAUGGAAGAAACCUUCAGAACCUAUCAGAUUCAGCCGGGCAUGAGAUGGCCGUCUUGAGGGAAAGCAUUGCACAACUUAUGUGGCAGCAUCGAAAUGAUUAGAUGUGCAUGACUUUUGGAGUCAGUUAUGUUUAACUAGUUUAAUAUCUAUCACGUUUAUGCAGCUUAUGUAAUGGGAAUGACACUACUUGAAAUUAUUAGUACUAAGUAUUGAGGCUAAUAUUUUGUGUUAUUUGUAAUCUUUAUUCCCUCAACUU